AUGGCUUCCCAGCUCCUCCCGUACACACCUACGUCGGACGCCAUGGAGCGCCACGAAUACGGCGUCACCAAGCACAGGAAGGCUACCUCGACGGGGGGUGGGCGAGCAUGGAGCGAGGAUGAGGAAGUGUAUCUCCUCCAGACACGACUCCAGAAGAUGCCCUACAAGCACAUCGCUGCGCAUCUCAAAAAGACAGAGCUCGCUUGUCGCCUUCAUUAUCACCAGCUCAGCCACGGCAGCAACCGCCGCAAGCGCACCACCUCAAUGUCGUCAGCAUCCUCGGGGGGCGGCCACUCGCCGACCCUCCAGGCCUCGAUACCUUCGCCCAUUCACGAGCACGGUGGCACAUCGAGCCGGUCAGCCUCGCCACCCGAAUCCGCGGGAUCGUAUGGCUUAGGGAGUCCCGGCGGCAUCCAGCUGCCCAGCAUCAUGUCAGCGACCGCCUCAACCAACACAUCCCCCCGCCUGCCGACCAUCCUACCCAAGCCGUCCUCAAUGACGCUUGCCCUGGCCUCGAUGGGCGGCGGCUCGGGCACCGCAUCCCCAACAGCCUCCCGCGGCUACCCCACGCCCCUUCACGACUCCCACCCUCACAACGCCACGCUGAUGACUUCGGCAGCCACCAAUACCGGCGCUGCUGCCCCGCACUCAACCGUUUCGCGCAUAGGCCCACAGCACCACGGCCACGGCCACGGGAACGGUCACGGCGUCCCGCAGCUGCGACUCGACUGUUCCGCACUCCCACCUCCACCGUCAGGAGGUUUCCAAACCCCUUCCUCCAGCCACCCAGUCGACAUGUCCCGGCUGGCAGCCGUGUACAACACCCACCGGGCGUCUUUCUGGGCGGCUGUCGCGGCUGAUUACGGCGGUGGCGCGAACCCGUUUGUGCUGGAACAGGCGUGGCGAAACAGCACUAGCCAUGGAGGAGGCAUUGGCAUGGGCAUGGGCGUGGCAGCGCAGAUGACGCCUAUCACGCCGGUGGGCAGUCCGGAGGAUCAUAUUUAUGGUACUGGGACUGGUACGGGUGCGGGUGCGGGUGGGCAGGCGAAGCCGGAUAAGACGCGGAUUAGUGCUAUUCUGGGGAUUGAUGCUAAUCCGAGGAGUCCGAGGGAACGGGAGAUGGUUAGACGGAUUGAGGAGGAGAGAUGUUCGGUUCCCGUAUCGGUCGGGGUGGUGGGUGCCUGA